GCCUCCCCGCGGGUGAGUCCGUGGUAGGGGUCAGGAUUCUGUCUCCAGAGAGCCAGGCUAUAUUACCGACGCCUAGCCAAAGUAAACUUUGACUUAGGAGCUUCCCCUAUUUUGACUCCCACCUCCCCCUCACGGUCGUUGAAUCGUUCUUAGAGUCAGUCACCUUGCCCCACAAGUAGCAACCAGAUACCCAUCUGCUCCCUUCGUCAUGCGGUUCCUUCAGGCAGUGGUCUGGGCAACUGCCCUGCUUCCUGACAUCUGCUUUGCACGCUCCUUCACUCGUACCGGGGGCCACAACGGAUGCGAGUUCACCAUCUCAAGUUCGGGGCCCUUUUCUCGUCCCGCAGCCCAACUGUCAGACGGGCGGCUCCGACUGAAUUGCUCCGCGGACGCUGCAACGUUUUAUAUUGAUGGAUCGAACCGUAUCACCGACUCACAGCACUUCGGCUGUUUUGGAACAAGCCCUGAACUGCGCUGUGGAAAGAAGACGCCACCUAGUGGGGAGUUCAGCAUCGAUGCCUCCAACGCCCUUCGGCUGCAGGGGUCGGCCAACUUCUAUGCGUGUCCUGUGGGAGGUUGGGAGUACGGGAUAUUCGUGAAGCCGGAGGCUGGCAAGCGUGACUGCAUUGCCAUUUCCCUGCAGGCGAGCGCCUGUGGUGCCGGUGCAUCACAGUCCUGCUCUUCAUCUCCCCCUGCAUCGUCAUCCACCGCCGCACAGGCAUCUCAUGGGCAUCCACUAUCGUCUGCCGCACCACUGCUCUCGACUGUAUGGCACACCCACACGAAAUCGGAUCUUGUCACGCAAACUGUUACGGUUGUUGCCACGAGCCAGGAGCCGUGCACCGAACGCAAUCUUGCAGUCUCGUCCGCCGCCCAUGACAGUGUUGUGCAGUUGAAGCCAAGAAACGUCACCGAAGAGAAACAUGCACUCUCUCGCCGGGAUUCCGGCGAUCUCAACCGGGCCUGGCUUAACGUGAAGAAUAAUAUUGAUACGAAUUUUGUGAAGCAGAACGAUAUCAAGGUAUUUGACUUCGCAAUGGGCUUGUCGAACAUGUUCGCUACGGCGGAGUAUUACGGCUGCACGGUUUUCGUCAUGUUCGGCGGUGGGAAGCUGUUUGUCGGGCACCUAUCGCAGUACAAUGGGAAUAAGUGCCCCUUGGCCGACCCGCAGCAGACCGAGAGGUUCAUUGUCCAGCGUAUCGAAGAUCUCGUGGAAACCCGUGAUACUAAGAUAUAUCUCGGCGGUGCUGGCACCUGCGACGAUAUCUACGUUGUCAUCACCGGCACCGAACGGGACACAUACAACACGGGAGUCCCCAACCUGAAGGCAUUCUUCACCGACGGUGGCGUCCGUCCGGACAACUUGAGGUAUAUAUAUUACAGAGCCGGACAACCGACCGCAGAGUUCGGCGACGGCCCAACAACUUAUUCCCCCGUGAGGGGCAGGUCCCUGUUCCGAUGGGACAGCUUUGAAGGAGGGGGUACAAUGAGCAUCUUUUUGGGGAAUGAGGAGCCUAGGCUUGUGGUUGGAUACGACCAGGACUGGAUGGUGACAGGUGUGACAUGGUCAACUUCACCCGACACAACAACCGGUUGAUCUGUUUUGGUAUUGCCAAACUAUGUAUGCGGAUGUGGUUGGAUAGUUUGAUAUAAUAGGUACAAGUUCAUCAAAUACAGGCAAUAUCCAAGCUGGACCCAAGGUGGGGGGUGUGCAAUGUUAGAUGUUAGUCAAAUUUGUUUCUUAUAGCAACUGUAACCAGGGGUGGAAACAAGUUGCAUCCUUAACUCAGCUCAGGUGGUGCUCACUGCGUCUCACCAUUAAAGCGGCAAGCUG